AACCGAUGGAGUACGAUAAAAGCUUCGAAGCUUUGCGCCGUCGCCUGUUUGAGGUUAUCUGUUCGGCGGUGGCGGCGACGUCGGUCUAGAUUUUAUUGAUUCGCGCCGCCUGAAAGUAACUAGUGCAAGGCGCCUGUGUAAAAAAAAAAUCAAAAAUAUUUGCGCUCACUCGUGGUCUCGCCGCUUUCUUAACAUUCGUGUUCACGCAUACGACCACUGUGAAAAUAUACGGCCAUUAUGGGUAAAAAGAAACCGAUUCCGGUGGACGAGUUGGUGGUGCCGCCGCAAGACACCCGAAUAUGCGGCACGAUAUGCGUUUGCCAGAUGACGGCCGUGCUGAGCAGCGUGGCCAUCGUGUACCUGACCGUGGCCAUAUACAUGCCCACUAUGCGCGAGUUCCAGUCGGGCAUAUCGGAGAACCCGGUAAUAUGCACAACUACCAGGAACGUGUCGUCGCAGAAGUGCGACUGGAGCUCGUGCAGCGAAUGGUGCCUAAGUAAGCCGUCCGGCGGAUGUGCGCAGAUCUACGUGAACAUCCGGAACAACGGUUCGGCGGUGCUGUUCCAGAACUGUUCUCACAUCGUCAACAAGACUUGCUUCGGCAUCGACCCAGAAAACGCCAAGAAGUACACGUGCAUCCGGGACGAGUGCAAAACGCUAACGGGUACGUUCAACUGCACGGACGGCGUGUGUAUAAACAUUACGGACGCGUUCCGUUGCGAGUUCCGCAACACCGAGACGCCGCCUCUCAAGUGCAACUUGCACCGAGGUAAGAUCAACUGUAUGGGUAUAUCCGGGCUGAACAACUGCGUGCGAGGCGAGUGCAGUCGUAUACUAGAACCGUAUAACUGUGACAGACGGUGCGUGGACAUACCGACCAGAAACAAAAACGUGAUCGUUUUGAACGGUGACCGGACGUUCCUGUCCCGAUGCGAUACUGCCGCACAUAUACCGGGUUACGCGGACGGCGAUCCGGUUCCGCCCGCUGGCUCAUCGCACAGUCUGCGCAAACAGGUGUGGUCCGAAGAACAGGACCAGGUUCUGUUGACGUCAUGCAUGAACAUCGUGCCGAACGGGCCCGAAGAAAUAUUGGCUACUGACUGCGUGAACGGAUCACUGCUGCGCAAGGACGCCCUAUCUGACUUCGCCAACUUUUCAAUGCUGGCCAACCUAAACGCGUACAACGAUCGACCGCUAGUGCCCGACGAUUCGGUGGCGCCCAGGGAACACAAGCUGCUUAUCGCCAAGGACAGUCACUUGCACAUUAAUCUGCAGGGAUGCGUCAACACGCUGCGAGGCGAGUGCGAUGCGUUUGUCCGACGGUAUGGCAAAGACGGGUCCGAUCACAAUGCCCGGGCUCGAUUCCGAUGCUACUACGGCACCAAUAAUCUCAAAUUGGCCGUCGUCCGGUUCAACUUGGAGCGCACGUACAAAGAAUUUCUGGUGGCGUCCGUCGUGCCAGUCGUCAUGCUCAUUAUAUCUUGUCUAACACUGUUGCUGUGCCAGAAAACCGUCGAGGUAGGCGACGACGCCAAAAUGAGAUUUAAACGGAAAAGCAUGAAAACGCUAUUCCCGCUGCACGACUGCGAGUUGGACAGCAUCGCAGGGCACAGGUCACCCACCGUAGAUUUGGACAACACGUCACUCUGAGAUUCGCUACGCAUUCCCCUACUACAAGACAGCCCUACCCGGCAGCAACAGAUGUAUUCGUUGCCGGACUACUAAAGCUUUGUGGUAAAAAUCGAUCCGGCCGACCUACAACCAAAGCCCGGAUUGACGAGGGGAACGCGUGAUUGUUGUUAAAACAUAAUAAUUAAGUGUUUAGCACAUUAGCUUAAGUAAAAAACCGUCUAAGUGUUAUACUGCGCGUUUCUAUAUUUUCGGUUUUUUGUUAUACACCAGAGUUGACGUGUAGGAACUAAAUAUUUAUAAGAUGCAGUUGAAAAGUUGUUUAUAUGGUCCUGCUAUGUAAUAAGUAUUUAAAUUAAUGUUAACACAUUACAAGCAUACCGUCAUUUUUUGUUAUAAACUUUUUUUAUUGUACUCUUUAUAUGAAGGGUGUAUCAAAAAACACAUUGACAUAUUCUCUGAUAUGUAUAUUGUUAGGAAAAAACAAUUUAUAAACGCACUUAACAAAAAUAUAAGCCCUUUAAAGGCUAAACGUGUUUUAAUAAAAUUAACAAUAAACAAAAAUAAAAAUCUGUUUAUAAUAUGUUUUUUUGGCAGUAGGUAUACAAUCAUAGAUAUUAUGAUGAUGUGUUUUUUAAUGAAAGCUGUAGAUUAAAUAAUGUACUAAAAACUAUUUUUGUAUAAAUUCUGAUACACAAUGUCAAUAUAUGGCUAUUUAGCUUACUAGGGAAUAUGGCCAAAAUAAUCUAAUUAACAACAUUUGUACUAAUUUUGCCCAAUCGAUUAACUUUUGAAUUUUUAUAAUGUCCGCAUUAGAACUUAGAAUAUAU